GAAAUUGCUAUUGUUGUCUUUUUUUAUAUUAAGGACUAGAGGUAAUAAUAUAGAAGUGGCCGUGUGACAUACUCCCUCGGUCCCAAAAUAAAAGGGAAAAUUUGUCGAACAAAGUUAAUGUAUUUAGUCCAAAUUUUUAAUUAAAUACAUCAAUUUUUUUAACCAAUUUUCCCUUAAACUUUGGGACUUAGGGAGUAUAGCCUUGUUUAGAAGUCAACUCUGAGCAUUAUCCUAUUUUAAAGCCUCAGCCGCCCCACAUCAUAGUAAAAUGAAUCUUACAAUAUUCUACCUCAUGGGUCUAUAUAAAACCAAAUUAAUGUAAUGAAAUUGAAAGAAAACCAAAUUGAUCAGUAAUGGAAGGUGUUGAAGUUGAACGACCACUGAAACUUCACUUCAUUCCAUAUCUAGCACCUGGUCAUAUGAUACCUUUGGGUGACAUAGCAACUUUGUUUGCAUUGCGUGGCCAACAAGUCACAAUCAUCACCACUCCCUCCAAUGCACACUUCUUUACCAAAUCUCUCUCAUUCGCCAAUCCAUUCUUUCUCCGCCUUCACACCGUCGAGUUUCCCUCCCUACAAGUCGGCCUCCCAGACGGUGUUGAAUCUAUGUCCUCCACCACUGAUAGCGUCACCGCCAACAAGAUCUUUGCAGGCGCAGUGCUCCUCCAAGGACCCAUUCAGGAUUUCAUGGAGAAGGAUCCACCUGACUGCAUCAUUGGGGAUGUCAUUUACCCUUGGGUUCAUGACUUGGCCCAUAAGCUUCAGAUUCCAGCCUUCUCCUUCAGCGUAUUCUCCAUCUUUACCAUCUCCCUCAUGGAAUCCCUCAGAACAAACAAUUUCUUUCAUUCUCACACAGAUUCAGAUUCGGGUCCAUUUGUUGUUCAUAAUUUUCCUCACAGUAUCACCAUGUGCUCAAGACCACCAAAGAUGUUCACCAUAUUCAUGGAAAUGAUGCUUGAGAGGAUGAUAAAAAAUAACGAACCACUCAUCAUCAACAACUUCACUGAACUUGAUGGAGAAGAGUUCAUUGAACACUACGAGAAAACCACAGGUCUGAAAUCGUGGCAUCUUGGUCCAGCUUCUCUUAUUCGCAGAACAGAUCAAGAGAAAGCAGAGAGGGGAAACGAAAGUGUUGUGAGCGUGCACGAGUGUCUGAGUUGGCUCAACUCAAAGCAAGAUAACUCAGUGUUGUACAUAUGCUUUGGAAGCAUCUGUUAUUUCUCUGAUAUACAACUUUAUGAGAUUGCAUGUGGAAUAGAAGCAUCGGGUCACAAAUUCCUAUGGGUUGUUCCUGAAAAAAUAGGGAAGGAAGAUGAGAGCGAUGAUGAGAAAAAAAAGUGGUUGCCAAAAGGAUUUGAAGAGAGAAACAUAGGAAAGAAUGGUUUGAUUAUUAGGGGUUGGGCUCCACAGAUUAUGAUUCUGAGCCACGCUGCUGUAGGUGCUUUUAUGACGCAUUGUGGGUGGAGUUCAAUUGUGGAGGCCGUUAGCGCAGGGGUUCCGAUGAUAACGUGGCCUGUGCAUACCGAACAAUUCUACAAUGAGAAGUUUAUAACUGACGUGCGAAGGAUUGGGGUGGAGGUGGGUGCAACAAAAUGGUACUUGAGUGGCAUCGAGGAGAAAGAGAAGGUGGUGAGCAAAGAUAGUAUAGAGAAGGCUGUGAAGAGAUUGAUGGACGGUGGUGAUGAAGGUGAGGAAAUUCGAGGGCGUGCCCGAGAGUUUAGGGAUAAGGCUAGAUUGGCUGUUCAAGAAGGUGGCUCUUCUAAUAAGAAUUUGUUGGCUUUGAUUGAUGAACUUAAAAGAUUGAGAGACCACAAGUCACUUGAUUAAUUCAAUUCAAUUUAAGCCACUCGAAAAUUUAUGUCUCUACUAGUCUACUCUGUGAUUGUAUUCGUAAUUUCUUUCUGUGCAAUCUACAUCUACAUUUUAAUAAAAGAAAUGCCAUUAAAAAAUUAAAGUAUUUUCAGGUGACAAAAUGCUUGCAUAAGUGAAAUAUGUAAAAACAAAGAGCCAACUUAUGAGUUUGAACCCACAAUAUAGUAUUAGAAAUUA